AUGGAGCACUCACACUCUCACUCGCAUGACCAUGACCAUGACUUCAGUCACUCGCACAAUCACAGCCAUAUUGAUGACUUGAUUCAAAACUUUACUCGAAGCCACGGCCGCGCACCAACGCUCGAUGAGGAGAAUCAUUUGCGUGAACAUGGCCAUACGCACGAGCAUUUGGAGCACGCUGGUAUCUUUCACGAGCGCGACACAGCUAAGUCUGAUCGGGACUGGGUGCAACGAGCCUUUACUGUGGGUAUUGGAGGCCCCGUUGGCAGCGGCAAGACUGCGCUUAUGCUAGCGCUAUGCCGUGCGCUCAAGGACAAGUUUAGCCUUGCCGCGGUGACUAACGACAUCUUUACACGAGAGGACAGUGAAUUCCUUGUACGACACGAUGCGCUACCAAAAGAACGAAUUCGUGCUAUUGAAACGGGUGGAUGUCCACACGCGGCCAUUCGAGAGGAUAUUUCCGCCAAUUUACAGGCAUGUGAGGACCUGACUGAAGAAUUUCAUCCGCAAUUGCUGCUUGUCGAGUCUGGAGGAGAUAAUUUGGCUGCUAACUUCAGUCGCGAGCUCGCUGACUAUAUCAUCUACGUCAUUGACGUGGCAGGAGGCGAUAAAGUGCCUCGUAAGGGUGGUCCCGGUAUCACACAAGCGGAUCUGUUGGUUAUCAAUAAGACUGACCUGGCUCCGCACGUUGGUGCAGACCUCGACGUCAUGGCCCGUGACGCAAAGCUUAUGCGUGGGGAUGGACCAACAGUAUUUUCGCAGAUAAAUCAAGACAAGGGUGUUCAGGACAUAAUUGAGCAUAUGAUCAAAACAUGGAAAGCACUCAUGUAG